AUGUCAAAUCCCGGUAUCAAGGUUAUACCCUGUGAGAUUCAAUGUCUUAAUACAAAUGUGUCUAGCAGCAGACAAGACUAUUUAGAAGACUGUACUAUUGUACCAAAAGCUCCUUUUGUGUCCUAUAUUGGGUCACAUAAUAUAACAUUAAGGUGGAAUCCAGCAAAUAUAUCUGGAAUAACGUAUAUGGUUCAAAGCAAAUAUGUGAACUUUCCAAGUGAAUGGGAAAAUACUAAGACAGUAACAGAGCUUUCAUAUACUGUAAGUGAUCUGCAGCCCUACACAGAAUAUUUCUUCCGAGUCAUAUGGAUCCUUUGUCAGCUACAAUUCUACUCUAAGCCUAGUCCUGCCUAUAAGACCCUUGCAUAUGGAGCUCCUGCUUCAGCACCCGUGAUUGAAAGUCUUCAUAGUUUUAGCAGUAACACAAUAGAGGUCAGCUGGCUUCCUCCACUUUUUCCAAAUGGACCUAUUGUUGGAUACAAUUUUAAACUUUCCGUUGAUGGUGAAAUCCCAAUUCACUUUUUAUUGGUUGAGAAGCAACAAUUUCAGUUUUAUGGAACAAAAGCAACAACAACCUACAGGCUUUCCAUCACUGCAGUAAAUAAAGACGGAGAAGGCCCAGCUGCAGAAGCUAACAUUACUACGCUGGGAUCAGCAGUUCCAGAUAAGUCUCAGUGGUUCUUUAUGUCAAGAAAUGACACUCUUAAGUGGUGGGAAAACCUGAAGUAUGAUGUGCAUGAAGCUCAAUGUCUUACAACACGCAGCAAAAUACACAGUGUCUCUGUUAAUGUGCACACCCAAGCAGUCUAUUUCUCAGAAGCCAAUUACGUUUGGUGGAAAGGAGCCACUAACAUGACUGAUACAUCUGACCUCAAGAUCUUUCACAUUGGCCAUGGGACCAUAACUUCCUUAUGUGUAGACUGGUUAUAUGACAAGAUGUAUUUUAUCAAGUAUAAUCAGAUAUAUACAUGCAAUUUAAUGAACUGUACUUCUACUGCUAAUAUUCCAGUACAAGAUGUACAGAAGCCCAGGAAGAUAACAGCUGAUCCAUAUAAUGGCUAUUUAUUCCUUCUUCUGGAUGACGGUAUUCACAGAAUGAAUCUCCCCGAACCUUCCAUCAAUACAAACAUAACUGAACAUAUCGUAAAACAUAAUGACAUUCAGGAUUUCAUCCUCACUGUCCAGUCCAAGAGAAUAGUAUAUGCACGGAGGGUUGGUGCAGAUAUGUUUUACCUGAUGUCUGUUUUCUUGGAUGGCUCUGAUGAAAAACUCUUGAGACAAAACCAUGAUGGUUUAAUGAAGGGAAUAAAAAGCUUUCUCUAUUUCAAUGACUCUUUAAUGUUCACAGACGGAGACAAUGUGUGGUAUGAGGAAUUUUUAUUCAAUAGUUACUGGUACAAUGAAUAUUUAGUAACCUGUAACACAGCAGCUCCACCAUCAUCAGGCUAUGAUAACAUGAUAUUAUAUGGAGAGUCUACACAGCCAGUUCCUGUGCCAGGAAUUCCUGAACAUGUGUCAGUGGUAUUUGGAUCAAAAUCAGUUGAAAUUCUUUGGAAACCACCAAAGUUAACCAUCGGAGCCAGUCCUACAGCUUGGCAAAAGUGGAUAUAUAGAGUUUACAUAUUAUCAGAACAUACAUUAUGUGAGAUGAUCUCAAAUAUUACUUUGACUGAAAUAACUGUGACUGGUCUAAACUUAUCUACACGGUAUCAAGUGGCUGUUCAGGCAUCUUCCCCUGCUGGCGAUAGCAAAUGGACAGAACCUGUGGAAGGAACAACUCUGUGUCCAGCUGAUGAAGACCCUUAUUUCCUAGCAGUGGGCUUUACAGGAAUAUGGAGGCAACCUUUGGACAUGUUUGGUCCUGGACAGCUCAUCUCCGACAAACUCAGAUAUGUAUCAGAUCUGGAUUGGUACAAUGGCACCAUCUACUGGAGCAAUGAGACAGGACAUGUGCAUCUCUGGAAGAUAGAGAACACCACUGACUUUUCACCCCUGUACGUAUCGGAGAUGAGAAGAGCUGGUCCAUUGACAUUUGAUUGGAUUGGGCAGUGCAUCUACUGGGCAGACAAACUGAAUCCUAAGAUUUACAGAACGUCUCUAAGGACGCAUGAUAGUGAAACAGUGAAGGUUAUCAGCUCUCUGGUGAACGACUUGGCGGUGGACUCGGUCAGUGCUUUCUUAUACUGGACCACAGGAUACACAGUGGAGAGCAGCAGACUGAAUGGACAGGAUCAUGUGGUUAUUCAGAACUUAACAUUGUCUUCCACUUUACAGGUGGUGGCCCUGACACUAAACCUCAAGGAUGGACAAAUUUACUGGCUUGUUAAAAAUGGGUUGCACAUCAAUAUGUACCAGGCAAAUACACGCUCAGAAGGAAUGUUUGACAUGAAAGUCACACAACAUGCAUCAUGGGGUUAUUCAGAAAUUUCCCAACAUGCUUUAAUGUUCCAUUGCAAUCGACUCUUUUGGAUUAAUGGGCAGAAAUAUAUUACUGUGCAAGAAGUCAACCAGAGUUCUUGUACACCUCUGUCCCAGCCUGCAGAAUUCACAAGUUUUACUUUGGGACUGAAUGCUCUAAAACCAUUUCCAGGCAAUUUUUCAUAUGCCCCUGAAGUGAUUCCUGGCAUCAUACUAAGCUCUUCAUUUAAAAUCAGAGGAAAUUAUUCUGAUUUCAUCAUUCAAUGGACAGGGCCAUCAAAUACAGAAUAUGGAUCAUUAUUCUACUGUGUGGAGUCCACAGUGCUACAGGAACUGCUCAGAGCAAGAUAUAACGACUGUCUAACACCUGAAACAUUUACCGAUUCAUUCUAUGCUGUAAAAGGCCUGGAACCAUAUACAGAAUUUGAUUUUGCUGUCACUCCCCACACAUAUUGGGCAAGAGGACCUACCACCUCACUGACUCUCCAUGCACCAGAAGAAGUUCCUUCCCCACCUUUAAGUCCUCGUGUAUAUAGUUUACAAAAUGCAAGCAUAUUUGACAGAACAGAUGCUGGGGCGGAGUUGAGAUGGGAUGCUCCAAGGAUGAGCAAUGGCAUAUUGAUAAACUUUGCGGUUUCCUACAGAGUAAUUAAUGAAAGUAUGAAGGCCCAAACCGUUGGAGUAUGGAUUACUGUGAACACAACAGCAUUGUCUAAGUCAUUUAUGCUCUAUCGCCUAAGUCCAGGACUACUUCUUCAGUUUCAGGUACAAGCAUACACUUCUGCUGGACCUGGACCAUUUUCUGAAAUAGCCGAAGCAUUCUUUUCGGAUAUUCAUCCUGCUCCAGUGCUAAUCACUACUUCCUUAAAUGGAAUAUCUUUUCAUGAUGUGGACAGAAAACAAACUUUGUGGAAUUUAAAAGUUGAAAAUCUACGGAUGAUUUCCUACAUAGCUCACGAUGAACAAGUCUUCUAUUUGGAUAAUGAUACUCUCAUCUUGAGUGAUUUAAAAUGCCAAUCUACUGUUCUGCUGUUGAAGGAUGCCCGUCUCUCUGGAUGUCAGGGUAUGACAGUAGACUGGAUUUCAAGGCAUAUUUAUCUGCCUGUACAUUCAGAACAGAAUGGUACACAACUUCUGUUUAUUGAUCUGGAGCAAAAGGAGAAAGUCCUAAACCAUCUCAACUCUUCUGAGAGAUCUCCAAAUCUGACCUUUCACACUAUUGUAUCCUACCCACUGCUGAGCCGCAUAUACUGGAUAAACUCUUCAGAAAAUGGUAACAGACUUUCAUUCUAUGACAGAAUAAAUGAUACAAUAGUAGACAACGGAUGUCUAGUAUUGGCUUCACGUAUUGAUAAGCCCAUCACACUGAGCGCAACAAAUACAAGCAUUACAUUGCUUUUGCCUCCAGUUACUACGGAAGUUAUCUGUCCAUUUAUAAUGAGCUGUACUCCAACAUACACAGUUAUACAUAGGAAGCGUCUGGAUGCUGACCACAGGUUACCAAACGAUUCUACAGAUGUUAAUAGCACAAGAUUAGAAUUUCAAGAGCAGAUUGCAACAAUCCCUGAGUUGCAGCCCUUUUCCAGCUAUGAAUUUGAAAUCAGUGUGAGGAACUAUUACUCAUUUCUGCUUGGUCAACAACCAGUAGGGACUACAGUCACUGCAAAGACAGCUUAUGGGGUGCCCGAAGCAGCAACUAUUACAAAUGUAACCAUUUUGUCAGAUUCUUCAGUCAAUAUCACUUGGGAAGAACCAACCAAGCCAAAUGGACCCACUGAUAUUAUUCGAUAUCAAAUUAAAGCCAACAAUAUGCCCCCGAGCCCUUCUUAUCCUUUGAGAAAAAGUGAAUUUCAAAAUGAGGUGUUAGCAUGGACUUUAAACAAUCUUCAAGCGGGAACUUAUUAUGAAUUUAAGGUCCUUGCAUUUCACCCAGAUGAAGACUGGUAUUCUGAAAGCAGUGUGGUUUAUGACAGAACAUUUGAUGCACCAGCUGCCCCGCACAAUAUAGUUCCAGGGAAUAUAAGUUUGGUUCUGGAAUGGAGAGCUCCAGAAGUAUCCACAAAAGAAUACUGGUUUCAACUAAAAGAGGUAACAGGACACAGUUCAUACAAACCAACACAUCAUCACUGCACAACUGGAUCUGUCUACACCUGCACUCUUAUGGGAGUUAUGCCAAAUACAAUCAACCAAGUACAAGCUGUGGUUGUUUUUUUCACUGGAGCCCAGAGCAUUUCUGAUCCCACAAACUUCAAGACAUUAGCUGGUGUUCCUAGCAAACCAGGAAUUGCACAAAAAGUGCCUGGAGAUGACAAUACCAUCCAGUGGAAAACUGCCCUUGAUAAUGGUAGUAACCUUACAUAUAAUAUACUAGAGUACAGGCAGGUUACUGAUGUUAAAGACUUAGUCCCAUGGAAGCUGGCAUACAAUGGCUCAUGCCAUGACAUUUGCGUAUGGAAGUCUAGAGCUUUGGAUGGAACCUUCCUGUUCAGAUCAGCAGCGGCCAACAUGAUAGGUCUUGGAAAUUACAGUGAUGUUAGUGAAGAUAUUCAGUUAUAUUCAGAGGAUAGUUCUUUUGAUAAUGUCGGGAUUAUUGUUGGCUCUAUCUUGGGUAUAGUCCUUGUACUUGUACUGGUGGCUGUCUUUGUCUUAGUUAUUUACAAGAGAUUGAAUCAGAAUCGGAAUAAACACAUCCAAAACAUAAAAAACAUAGGUGCUAUACAGGAGGAUAAAGAGCUUGCCAAGCUGCGUGGAUUGUCUAAUGCUGUUGGUUUGGCUAAUGCAUGCUAUGCUGUAAGUACUCUACCAACAAAAGGUGAAAUGGAAAACUUGCCUAACUUUCCUCGAGAGGAUUUAGAACUCUGUGUUUUCUUGGGAAGUGGAGCAUUUGGAGAGGUAUAUCAAGGCAUUGCUAAGAAUAUCCUUGGCUCUGGAACUGGAAGUCAAAAAGUUGCUGUUAAGACUCUGAAAAGUGAUGCAACAGAUCAAGAAAAAGUGGAGUUUCUGAAGGAAGCACAUUUAAUGAGUCAGUUUCAUCAUCCUAAUAUCUUAAAGCUUCUUGGAGUCUGCCUUUAUAAUGAACCUCAGUACAUUAUCCUGGAAUUAAUGGAUGGUGGGGAUCUGCUUUCAUACUUGCGAGGUGCUCGGACAAACAGUGUUCAAGAUACAUUGUUGCCAACUGUGCAUCUUCUGGACAUGUCGCUGGAUAUUUCCAGAGGCUGUGAAUAUCUGGAGAAACUGCAUUUUGUCCACAGAGACUUGGCUGCUCGCAAUUGUUUGGUAUCAGUGAAAGAAUAUAACAACCCAAGUAGAAAGGUAAAAAUUGGGGAUUUUGGCCUGGCUCGAGAUGUGUAUAAAAGUGAUUAUUAUAGAAAGAAAGGAGAAGGACUCUUACCUGUUCGAUGGAUGGCUCCUGAGAGUCUCAUUGACGGCAUAUUUUCCACUCGCUCUGAUGUUUGGUCAUUUGGUGUUCUUUUAUGGGAACUUUUCUCUCUCGGACAACAACCUUAUCAAGGGUAUUCCAAUAUGGAGGUUUUACAUUAUGUGUGUUCUGGACAGAGAAUGGAUUCGCCAGACAAUUGCCCUGAUGACAUCAAGUGGUAUGAGUCUAUGUUCAAAGUCUAUUUUCUUCCCCUGCAGUAA